UGCGCGUGCCAGUGCAUGGUGACGCCGUGGGUUUGUAUGCUCUCUCUGCUCUCUCUCUGUCUGUCUCUGGAGGAUUUCGCACCAUUUCAAGCUUUGGAUCAAACCGGGCGACACGCGACGGAAUUACCGCCACAAGGGUGUGGUUCUAUCCAAAAUGACAUCGCCGGAUGUAAAUAACAAGUGGAAGUAGGAUCUCUGCCCAUCCUUUAGAGAUGUACACCGCGAGCUCCGGGUCUGGGAACGCGUCCCUGCGCUGUUCUAUGUCUUCAUCGGCAGAUUUCUCCGAUGAUGAAGAGUACAGUGUGAAAUCUGGGUCGGUGUCGCCGGCACCGGGGGACACGUUACCGUGGAAUUUACCCAGACACGAGCGCUCGAAGCGGAAGAUUCAGGGAGGAUCCGUGCUGGAUCCUGCCGAGAGAGCGGUGCUCAGAAUCGCAGAUGAAAGAGACCGAGUCCAGAAAAAGACUUUUACAAAAUGGGUAAAUCAGCACCUCUUAAAGGUCCGAAAGCAUGUUAACGACCUGUAUGAGGAUUUGCGAGAUGGACAUAACCUGAUCUCCCUGCUGGAGGUGCUCUCUGGUGACACACUGCCACGGGAGAAGGGCCGCAUGCGCUUCCACAGACUCCAGAAUGUACAGAUUGCACUGGACUACUUAAAAAGACGGCAGGUGAAGCUGGUGAACAUCAGGAAUGACGACAUAACGGACGGAAACCCAAAACUGACUUUGGGAUUAAUAUGGACCAUAAUUCUGCACUUUCAGAUCUCGGACAUCCACGUGACAGGAGAGUCCGAGGACAUGACAGCCAAGGAGAGACUUCUGCUGUGGUCCCAGCAGAUGACCGAAGGCUAUGUAGGCGUCCGCUGUGGCAACUUCACUACCUCGUGGAGGGAUGGACGACUGUUUAAUGCUAUAAUACAUAAGUACAGGCCCGACCUGGUCGAUAUGAGCAGAGUAUCAACACAAAGUAGCAGAUCCAACCUAGAGCAAGCGUUUGGUGUGGCCGAGCAGCUUGGUGUGGCCCGACUGCUGGACCCAGAGGAUGUGGACGUGUCAUCUCCCGAUGAGAAGUCUGUUAUUACUUACGUAUCAACGUUAUACGAUGUCUUCCCGAAAGUACCGGAGGGUAUGGAGGGCAUCAGUGCAAAUGAUGUGGACAUUAAAUGGGUUGAAUACCAGAACAUGGUGAAGUACCUCAGCCAGUGGAUCAAACACAAUGUGACUGUUAUGUCAGACAGAAAUUUCCCCAGCAAUCCUGUGGAACUUAAGGCACUUUAUACGCAGUAUCUACUGUUUAAAGAGAAUGAAAUACCACCGAAAGAAAAUGAAAAGGCCAAAAUCAAGCAUCUCUACAAAAUGCUAGAGGUGUGGAUAGAGUUCGGUCGCAUCCAGCUCCCUCAAGGGUACCAUCCUAAUGACGUGGAGAAGGAAUGGGGCAAGCUGAUCGUCGCCAUGCUGGAGAGAGAGAAGAGCCUGAGGCCUGAAGUGGACAGACUUGAAAUGCUGCAGCAGAUUGCAAACAGAGUUCAGCGAGACUGUGUAGCCGGAGAGGACAAAUUAGUGUUAGCACGGACAGCUCUGCAGUCGGAUGCGAAACGGUUGGAAUCAGGAAUUCAGUUUCAGAAUGAAGCAGAGAUCGCUGGUUACCUUCUGGAGUGUGAGAAUUUACUGAGGCAGCAAGUGCUGGAUAUUCAGCUUUUACUGGAUGGGAAAUUCUACUUGGCUGAUCAGCUCGUUCAGAGGGUCUCUAAGCUCCGUGACGAUCUGCUGGCUUUGAGAACAGAGUGUUCAACCGUCUACAGCAAAGCACGCACGCUGACCUCAGAACAGACCAAGAUGAUGAUCUCUGGCAUCACGCAGAGUUUGAACUCAAACUUUUCCCCAAACUUCAGUGCCGGACUGUCUCCUGCGCUCACUCACGGAGGCCUGGUCACAUCAGGUGGCAGCCCUGCGAUGAGCCCAGCCAUGACGCCCAGCAUGCAGCCUGCCUCGGUCCAGACUUACCUCAGCGGCAGAGGAGGAGGAGGAGGAGGAGGCAUGGAGCCCGGGGUUCUUCAGCAGCUCAAACACAUGCAGAUCCGCAAGCCCAUGCUCAAAUCCUCAUUCCUGGAUCCCAGCUUGACCGAGGAUGAGGUUAAUGUGAAGUUUGUGCAGGAUCUGCUCAACUGGGUUGAGGAAAUGCAGGUUCAGCUUGAUCAAGCAGAAUGGGGAUCUGAUCUGCCAAGUGUUGAAUCAAAUUUAGGGAAUCAUAAAGAUUUUCACAAAGCCAUUGAAGAAUUCCAGAUGAGCAUUAAAGAAGCCAAAAUGAGUGAGAUUCAGAUGACCCAGCCACUGAAGCAGAGUUACUCUGAGAAGCUGAAUAAGUUAGAAAGCCAGUACGGGAGGCUGCUGAGAUGCUCCAGUGAGAGGCAGAAACACCUGGACAGCCUGUAUGAUUUUGUGUCCCGCGCCACUCAGGAGCUGAUCUGGCUCAAUGAGAAGGAGGAAGAGGAAGUGGCUUUCGACUGGAGUGAGCGAAACAGUAACAUUUCAAGGAAGAGGGAUUAUCAUGCAGAUCUCAUGAGAGAACUGGAUGACAAGGAGGAGGUGAUCAAGACAGUACAGGAGAAGGCAGAGAGCCUCCUACUGGAGAACCAUCCUGCCAGAUUGACCAUCGAGGCAUACAGAGCAGCCAUGCAGACUCAGUGGAGCUGGAUACUGCAGCUCUGUCACUGUGUGGAGCAACAUCUGAAAGAGAACGCUGUCUACUUUGACUUUUUCAGCGACGCCAAAGAGUCAUUGGAUUACCUUAGGAGCCUCCAAGAUGCCAUCCACAGAAAGUACAGCUGCGACCGAAACAGCAGUUUACAUCGGCUGGAGGAUCUCAUUCAAGAGUCCAUGGAUGAGAAAGAACAGCUCCUGAAAUACAGCAGCACAGUGGGUGGGUUAGUGGGACGGGCAAAGUCCGUUGUUCAGCUCAAGGCCCGCAACCCAGAGAACCCCAUCAGGACCUCCUUACCCGUCAAAUCCAUCUGUGACUACCGCCAGAUAGAGAUCACCAUUAGCAAAGAAGAUGAGUGCGUUCUAGUGAGCAAUUCUCACAGGGCAAAGUGGAAAGUGAUCAGUCCAUCUGGAAAUGAGGCCAUGGUACCUUCAGUCUGCUUUAGUGUACCUCCACCCAACAAGGAGGCCACUGAAAUGGCAAGCAGGAUCGAGCAGCUGUAUCAGAAUGCUCUGGCUCUGUGGCACCACUCUCACAUUAACAUGAAGAGCGUCGUGUCCUGGCACUAUCUGAUGACUGACAUCCGCACCAUCCGCAAAAGCACUGUUGCCUCGAUCAAGACGCUAUUGCCAGGUGAUCACGAGCAGGUGCUGAGCAGCCUGCAGUCCCACUUUGAGGACUUCCUGAGGGACAGCGAUGAAUCUGAGGUUUUCACGGUGGCUGAUUGUGCCCAGCUGGAAAAGGAGGUUCUGACUUGUAAGGAGUACUACGAGGAACUCCUCAAAUCUGCAGAGAGAGAAGAACAUGAGGAGUCCGUGUACAAUCUCUUCAUAUCUGAGGUGCGUAACUUCCGCAUGCGGGUGGAGGGUCACGAGGAACAGCUGAUCCGGAAAAUCCGUACUCCGCUAGACAGAGAUGACCUGCAGGAGUGUGUGCUGCGCAUCACCGAACAGGAGAAGAAGAAGGUAGAGCUGGAUAGGUUGAAGGAUGACCUGGAGACCCUGAGAGAGAAGUGUGAAGUUUUCCUCAGGCAAGCAGCUUCCUCUCCAUCCGUCCCUACGCUUUCCUCUGAGCUCAACAUCCUCACUCAGAGCACGAACCAGGUCUACUCCAUGUGCUGCAUCUACCUGGAGAAGCUAAAGACAGUGAGUUUGGUGGUGAAACACAGUCAGAGUGCCGAAGCUCUAGUAAAGCUUUAUGAAGCUAAGUUGUGCGAAGAGGAUACAAUCAAUGCUAAUAUCAAAUCUAUCGAUGGUGUCAUGAGCACUCUUAAGCAAUGGCGGUCUGAAAUCGAUGAAAGGCGUGAGGUAUUCCAUGACUUGGAGGACGAGCUGCAGAAGGCACGAGUGGUCAGUGAGCGAAUGUUCAAAACGCACAACGAGAGAGACUUUGAUUUGGAUUGGCACAAGGAGAAGGCCGACCAGCUCAAAGAACGAUGGCAAAACAUCCACUCUCAGAUUGAAAACAGGCUCCGGGACCUGGAAGGCAUCAGCAAAUCACUUAAGUACUACAAAGACACGUACAACAGCCUGGAUGAAUGGAGCAAAGAAAUGGAAACCAAGCAGCUCAAGGCCCAAGAGAAUCAACCUGAGGACAGCAAGGCAUUGGCUGAGUUCCUUAACCAGCAGAAAGUUUUGGUCGCAGAAAUUGAGCAAAAACAAAGCAAAAUUGAGGAAUGCCAGAAGUAUUCAGAGCAGUAUGCAGUUGGAGUGAAAGACUAUGAACUGCAACUGAUGACUUAUAGAGCCAUGGUUGACUCUCAGCAUAAGUCUCCAGUGAAGAGAAGGAAGAUGCAGAGUUCCUCUGAUGUCAUCCAGCAAGAGUUUAUGGACCUUCGUACACGUUACACGGCCCUGGUUACUCUGAUGACACAGUAUGUGAAGUUCGCAGGUGAAACACUAAAGAGGGCGGAAGAGGAUGAGAGAUCUGUUGAUGAUGAGAAGAAAGAGCAUGGCGAUAAGGUUAACAAGUUGUUAAAUUGGAUGUCCAGUAUGAAAACAAAUCUGAACAAAGAUGCAAAGGCUCAAAGUGAUGGCAAACCCAGCACUGAGAGCACUAGUAAGCCCCAGAUGUCACUGGAGGAGAUGGUGACAAAGAAGGAACAAAUUGGAGAAGCAUUGAGAACUACCCAGCUGAUGCUAACCAAACACUGUGACAAAAUGACUGAAGAAGAAAAGCAAGAAGCAAAAGAACAGCUGAAAUCUCUUCAUCAGGCCUACAGCGAGCUCUCUCAACAGUGUUCAGAUGCAGCUUCCUCAGCUGAUCAGGCUGCUGUGGAGAAGCAGAGGGAGUUUUCAGAAAAGCUGCAGGAGCUGUUUGAUGAUCUGACACAGACAGAAAACCGCCUCAUUGGCCACCAGCAGCAGGCUGCCAGUGCAAAGACUGUGGGAGACCUCCAGCAAUACCAACAAGAGCAUCAGGCUUUACAGAAAGACCUCCAGGCUAAUGCCAGUGCGCUCAAUGAAGUCAUCAGUAGCACAAAGAAGUUUCUGGAGGAGAAUCGCAGUAAACUCACUCCAGAGCAGAUAUCGGCUCUUGAGAACAAACUGGAGGAAUUGAAGAGCAAAGCGAAUAUGCUUAACCAGAAGGCAGAAGAGUCAAGGAAGGAUCUAGAGCAGGUUUUGACCAGUGCUAUCAAGCAGGAGACUGAGAAGGAGGCAGCUGUUGAACAACUUGAAGAGAGCAAAACUAAGAUUGAGGGUCUUCUAGGCUGGAUCUCCAACAUUGGGAAAGAGAAAGAAAUGGGUGGAAUACAAAAGGACCAGAUGGUUAAACAGAAUGGAAACAUGCCUGAGUACACAUCAAUGAAGGGAAUAAUUGGAGAGGAAGAUGAUCCUAAUGGAAAUGCAUUAGAUACUACAGACAACACAAGUCUACAUGCUGGCGAAAAACAAGACGGUAAAGACCUGGAUCUGGACCAGCAGUUUAACAGGGUUCAAGCCCACCACCAGGAGAUCUUGUCCCAACAGCAGGAUCUGAUCAUCGCCACACAGUCAGCACAGGCGUUACUCGACAAACAGGCUCAGGUCCUGUCACCCGCUGAAAAAGACAAGUUACAGAGGGACAUUAAAGAGCUGAAGGGUCGCUACGAGGCCUCUCUCACGCAGGCCGAGCAGCAGAUGAAGCAGGUCCAGACCGUCCAGGAGGAGCUUCAGAAGUUCAAGGGGGACUGUGAGGAGUUUGAGACGUGGCUACAGCAGGCCAAAGGGGAGAUGAAGGAGCUCGGUGCGCCCGCUGCUGGUCUGGACACUCUGAGUAACAAUCUACAGAGACAGAAGAGUUUCUCUGAAGACGUCAUGUCUCAUAAAGGAGACCUGCGCUUCAUAACCAUCUCCGGUCAGAAGGUGCUGGACGCUGCGAAGGCCUGCGAUCACAGUGAAUCGGACGGCCUGCCGAUGGUCGAUAUGUCCGGGACUUGUGCUGCAGUGAAAGAAAGGCUGGACUCUGCCGCCAGUCGCUACAAAGCCUUGCAUACGCAGUGUAAUCAGCUUGGAAAUAACCUGAAAGACGUGGUGGACAAAUACAAGAAGUAUGAAGAUGCCAGUGGUGCUCUGGUGAAGUGGCUGAAUGCCUCUGAGGAAGAGUCCAGAAGGCAGCAGUCUGAGCCUAUUGCUGGAGACCCACAAACCCUACAGAGACAGCUGGAGGAGACCAAGAGUCUUCAAGGGCAAACAACGUCCCGUCAGGCUGCGGUGGAUACGCUGAGAAAAACAGCUGAUGCCUUGAUCAGUGCAGAGGGAGACCUGCUGUCCCAUCCAGGGGAGAUUCAGGAGACAGUGGAUGACAUCGUAGAGAGAUACGACAACCUGUCGAAGUCAGUGAGUGACCGCAAUGAGAAGCUGCAGGUGACUCUGACGCGCUCCCUGAGUGUGCAGGACGGCCUGGAUGAGAUGAUGUCCUGGAUGGAGAAGGUGGAAGAGAGUGUGAAGGAGACACCUAAAGUGCCGCUGGACUCCAGCUCCAUUGCAGAUGCACUUAGCAAGGAGGCAGCUCUGGAGCAGGACAUGUCCAGCAGGCAGAGCAGCAUCAUGGCCAUGAAGGCAAAGGUGAAGAAGUUUGUGGAGAGCGCUGAGCCGGCCGCUGCCGCCCUCCUCCAGACUAAGAUGGAGGGCUUGUCCCAACGGUUUACUGACGCCUCUGAGCAGCACAAGCAGCAGGUGGCUCAGAUGGAGGAGCUCCAAGACAAGGUGGAGCAGUUUGAGAAGACAUCUGAGAAGGUGCAGCAGUUUGUGCUGAAGAGCUCGCAGGCUCUCUCCGAGACAGACGGGCCAGGAAAGACCGUCGCUGAGCUCUCACAGCUCCUCCAGGACACAAAUGCAGAGUUAGCCGAGCACUCAAAGGACGUGGAAACGCUCCAGAAACUGACUGAGGAACUCUGCAAGCUGGGUCCAGAAGGAAGUGCAGCUCUUCUUCAGAGCAAGAAGCAGAACAUCUCUGACAGCUUUAAUGCUUUUAAGGAGACGAUUACUGAGAAAAAAGAGGAGGUUUCAUCUUGCCAGAAGCAGCUGCAGGAGUUCAAAUCUGCCGCAGGGGUGUUAAUGAAAUGGCUGGAGGAGACAAAAGAGCAAGUGCCAGUGCUUCAGCCCAACUGCAGUGAACAGGGCCUGGGAACAGACCUGCAGAAGGUCAAUGGCUUACUGGACGAAUGGACUUCCAAAGCUCCUGCAGUCCAGGAUAUAAAUAGCAAAGGAUCUGCUCUAUGUAGCCUAAUCAGUGUUUUGACAUCACCGGCCAAAGCCAAGAUGCGUCACAACUCAGGAUCAGCUGUCAUUAACGGUUCUGAUCCAGGCAGCCAUUCUUAUCUGACAAACCAAGAGUUGAUGCUGGUACAGCAGAACAUGUCCUACAUUAACAACGAUUACGAACAUCUGGGGGAGCUCCUGAAGGCCAGGUCCUCUGAGCUCAGCGCUUUGUUGAAGAGAGUUCAAGGCGUCCAUGAUCAGGCUGAGUCUUUACGUCAGUGGAUGGAAGACACAAAGAAGACAGCAGCAUCGAGUAACCAUCCAUCUGGGAAAGAUGCAGUAAAAUCACAGAUAGAGGUCUUUGAAGAUAAUAUGAAACAAAAGCAAGUGCAGCUCCAGCAGCUCAGGGAGAAUCUGCUCCGCUUAAUCGAGGAACACCCUGAUUCAGCCGAGGCAGAAAAGUGGAAGCACAUGCUGGCACAGAUAGAUGCAGGAUGGGAGGAGGUCAAGGGCACAAUGGAGAUCCGUAAACAGCACCUGGAGGAGUCGUCUCGCAUGCUGGAGCUCUUCCAGACGACCCAGCCGCAGCUCUCGCUGUGGCUGCAGGAGAAGGAGUUGAUGAUGGGCGUCCUGGGGCCUCUGUCUGUGGACCCAAACAUGCUUAACACACAAAAGCAGCAAGUCCAGAUUCUCCUCAAGGAGUUUGACAGCCGCAAGCCUCAGUAUGAGAAGUUGACCGAGGCGGCCACAGCCAUCGCUAGUGCGUCAGAGCAGCAGGAUCCUGCCGUAGAGCAGGUUAAAGAACAGCUGGCAUCUGUUUCCCAGAAGUGGCAGGCCCUGACAGGUCAGCUGUCUCAGAGACAUGCUCUCAUUGAGCAGGCUGUCGGUAAGACCACUCAAUUCCAGGAGCUCUUGCAAAGCCUCAGUAAAAGUGCCACUUGCCUGGAGACUGAACUUAAUAACCAGCAGGCCCUCAGCACCCAACCUGAUGAAGUCAAGAAGCAGAUUGAAGCCACUAAUGCAAUCCUGGCUCAGCUACGAGAGGAGAAGAAGAGGCUGAAGGAGGCAGAAAGUGUCUGCUCUGAGCUCUCUGCCAUGGUGACUGAAGAGUAUCUCAGAGCAGACUUGACAAAACAGCUAGAGGGCAUCACUAAACCAUUUAGACAACUUGAGGACAAAGCAGGAAAGCGGAUUGAGCAGCUCAACUCAGCCUUCGCCAGCUCCCAGCAGUUCCAUCAGACAUCGAAGGACUUCCAAGCCUGGCUGAAUCAAACUCUGCAGGAGCAGUGUAAGCCACAGCCCGUCUCUGCUAAUGCAGAGAAGUUAAAACAGAGUCUCAAGGAGAACAGUGCUGUCCAAAAGGCCAUUAGUGAGCAUGAAGAACCUUAUAACACCAUCAUUAAAGAGGGAGAAGCUCUCCUCCAGAGCACGGAGGGGGCAGAAAAGGUGGCCCUUCAGGGACAGCUCUCUGCUCUAAAGUCCAGCUGGGACGAUGUAAAGAAAAGUAAUGCUGCGCAAGCAGAAAAGCUUCAGGGGGCCUUGCAGAGGGCACUGAAGUACAAGGAACAUUCUGAGAAACUGAGCUCAUGGUUGCAAGAGUGUGAAGACAGGGAGAAGAACGUGAAGCUCAGCGCGAACUCGGUGGAGAUCGAGGGCUCCCUCUCACAGUUGAAGGCCAUCCAGAAAGACGUUGACAAGCACAGAGGGCAAGUUGCGAUGGCGAACACAGCUGCCGACAGCCUCCUGGAGGUAGUCACUUCAGAUGGCGAUUCGGUUAGGGAGGAGAAGGCAACCAUUGGUAAAAGAGUGGAUAAGCUGACAGAAGAUUUAACGCUCAAAAGAGAAUCGUUAGAAAAUAUCUCACAGAAGCUGAAAGAGUUCAACGACUUACAGAAGGAAGCCAAAGGGCAGCUGGAGGCUGCCAGGAAACAGCUGGAUUCUCAUUCGGCCUUGGGUGUCCAGGCCUACAGCAACAAGAACCUGACCAACAUGAAGGCUCAGCACAACAGCUUAGAGGGUGUCCACAACCAGAUUGAGCAUCUCAAAAAUCUGGCAAAAAGUCUUGUGGUAGAUGCCUCUGAGGUGGAAGGUGUGACAGACCUUCUUCUUCAGGCAGACAGCUUGGAAAAAGACCACAUGUCAAUUACUAAAAAGGUAGAGGAUGCCUGCUCCACCUUGGAGAACAAACUCCAGGGCAUUGGACAAUUCCAGAACAGCAUUCGUGAAAUGUUUGCGAACUUCACAGACCUGGACGAUGAGUUCGAUGGUAUGGCUCCAGUAGGCAGGGGUCUUGACACCUUACGGGAUCAGCAAAGCACUAUCAAAGACUUUGUUGCUAGACUUCAGGAUCUGAUGACCAACACGGCCAAUGGCAGAGACAGUUGCAAUAAGAUGCUGGAGUCAGAGGCCUCCCCAGAUCUCCUGGGUCUGAAGAGAGACUUGGAAACCCUGGGCAAGCAGUGUGGAAAGCUGAUGGACCGAGCCACGGGUAGAAGAGAACAGGUUGAGGAGACCCUCAGUCAUCUGGAGGAGUUCUACGUCAAGGCGCAAGAGUUUACCCACAAACUGAGCAGUGCCGAAAAACAAGAGGAGUCCCAAGGGUCUGUCGGAUUGGAAACAGAAGUCAUUAACCAACAACUGGAGACCUUCAAGAUUUUCCAAAGGGACGUCAUUGAGUCACUGCAGAGCCAAUUGCAGGAGUUGAACACUCUGGGCCAGGCACUGAUCCAAAAUGCCGCCAAAGGCACCAGCACCAAAAAACUUGAUCAGGAUCUAGAGGAGGUCAACACCAGAUGGAACACCCUCAACAAAAAAGUUGCAGAGCGAUCUGCACAGCUUCAUGAAGCCCUGCUGCACUGUGGCAGGUUCCAGGAUGCACUGGAGUCCCUUCUCAGCUGGCUCACAGACACAGAGGAGCUGGUGGCCAAUCAGAAGCCUCCAUCAGCAGAAUUCAAAGUGGUGAAAGCACAGAUACAAGAGCAGAAGCUUCUGCAGAGACUGCUGGAUGACCGGAGAGCUACGGUGGAGCUGAUUAAGACGGAGGGACGGAAGGUGACCGACUUAGCUGAUACUGUUGAUAAGGAGAAGAUCGCGAGAGAGACUGAAUGCCUGGGGCAAAGGUGGGAAGACCUACUGAAGAAAGCCGAGAACAGGCAAAAGCAGUUGGAGAAUAUUUUGGUGGUGGCACAGCAAUUCCAUGAGACCCUUGUGCCUUUGGCGGAGUGGCUGACAGCUACUGAAAAAAGACUAGCCAACUCGGAGCUCAUUGGCACGCAGACUUCCAAGUUGGAGGAGCAAAUUUCUCAGCAUAAGGCUUUAGAGGAGGAGGUUUUGGGCCGUGGUAAGAUCUUGUACCAGGCCAUGAGUCUGGGCCAGUCUCUGCGGACGGUCAGCUGUGUGGAUGACAAGGAGCUGGUGCAGGCAAAGCUCGACAACACACACAGCAGCUACAUCGAGCUGCAGGAGCAUUGCCGCCAGAAGGCCGAGUUAUUGCGGCAGGCCCUGGCUAAUGCGCAGCUCUUUGGGGAGGACGAAGUGGCCCUAAUGACCUGGCUCGAUGAGGUGCACAGCAAACUGAGCGAAGUCUCGAUCCAAGACUACACGACGGCCGUGCUCGCUAAACAGCAUGCUGAGCAGCUGGCUCUUCAUGAAGACAUUGAGUUGAGGAAACAAAAUAUUGAACAGGCCAUCCUUAAUGGGUUAGAACUGCUGAAACAGACCACGGGCGAUGAGGUUGUCGUCAUCCAAGGUAAACUAGAUGGAAUAAAGACGAGGUAUUCAGAGAUCAACACAAUGAGCAACAAUGUUUCAAAGACUCUGGACAAAGCCCUGUCUCUUGCCACAAAACUGCAAAACACACAUGAGGAGCUGAACGCCUGGCUGGAGAAGGUAGAGUCUGAGCUGGCCAUGUUUAAAGCUCAAGAGCCGGUCGGAGAGCAGCUCACUUGCUUACAAGAGAGGCAGAAAACACUGAUGAAGGAGGUUAAGGAUCAGAAGCCACUGGUAGACUCUCUUAAUGAAGUAAGCAGCGCUCUGCUGGAACUCGUUCCAUGGAGAGCAAGAGAAGGUUUGGACAGGAUGGUCACAGAUGACAACGAGCGCUACAGAACGGCCAGCGAUGCCAUUACACAGCAUGUAGACCAGACCGGAGCUGCCAUCUUAAAAUCCCAGCAGUUUGAGCAGGCAGCCACCUCUGAGCUCGAGUGGCUGACGGAGGCAGAGAGGAAGUUGUCUUGCCUUGGGGACGUCAGGCUUGAGCCGGAGCAGACCACAGCUCAACUGCAGGCUCAGAAGAGCUUCUCCAUGGACAUUAUGAGACAUAAAGAUGCCGUGGAUGUCAUCGUGAAGACCGGCGAGGCCAUUAUAAACAAAAAAGAUGAGGCAGAGAAGCAGACGUUGAGGGUGAAGCUCCAGGCGUUGUCAGAGAAAUACAGUGUGGUUAGUCAGCUGAAUUCAGAGCGCUGUCUGCAGCUGGAGAGAGCUCAUUCUCUAGCCUCCCAGUUCUGGGAGACGUACGAUGAACUCUGGCCAUGGCUGCAGGAGACGAGGACUACCUUCACUCAGCUGUCCCAGCCGGCUAUCGAGUACGAAGCCCUUCGACAGCAACAAGAGGAGCUGAGGCAAAUGAGAGAGGUGAUAGCAGAGCACAAACCACACAUUGACAAGAUGAAUAAAACUGGACCUCAGCUGCUGGAAUUGAGUCCCACUGAGGGGGCGCCAAUCAGAGAGAAAUACGAGGCCGCAGACAAACUGUACAGCCAGCUUAAAGUCGACGUCAAGCACAGAGCUGCUGCCCUGGACGAGGCCAUCUCUAAAUCCACUCAGUUCCACGAUAAGAUAGACCCCAUGCUGGAGUCUCUGGAGCGCAUCGCCGAACGCCUGCGCCAGCCUCCAUCCAUCUCUGUCGAGGUGGAGAAGAUCCGUGAGCAGAUAUCAGAUAACAAAGCCGUGAAUGUAGACCUGGAGAAACUUCAGCCGUCCUAUGAGACCCUCAAGCAGCGAGGAGAGGAGAUGAUCGCUCGCUCCGAAGGAGCAGACAAGGACCUUUCGGCCAAAGCUGUUCAAGAUAAGCUGGACCUGAUGGUGUUUCUAUGGAAUGACAUCCAAGCUCUUCUGGAGGAAAGAGAAGCCAAGCUCCUGGAUGUUAUGGACUUAGCCGAGAAGUUCUGGUGUGAUCACUGCGCUCUCAUCGUCACCAUCAAAGACACGCAUGAUCUGCUGAAAGAGCUGGAGGAGCCUGGAGUCGAUCCUUCAGUGGUCAAGCAGCAGCAAGAGUCUGCAGAGGGCUUUAGAGAAGAGAUCGACGGGCUGCAGGAAGAACUGAAUGUGGUCCAGAAUCUGGGGGCGGAGCUUAUGACAGCGUGUGGAGAACCCGAUAAACCAGUGAUCAAGAAAAGUAUAGAUGAGGUGAACUCAGCUUGGGAAACCCUCAGUAAGACAUGGAAAGAGAGAGUAGAGACUCUAGAGGAAGCCAUGCAGGCUGCGGUGCAGUUCCAGGACAGUCUCCAGAACAUGUUUGACUCGGUGGAUAUUAUGGAAGGCAAACUGGAUUCGAUGUCGCCCGUGGGCACGGACCUGGAGACUGUGAAACAGCAGAUCGAGGAGCUGAAGGAGUUCAAAGGUGAUGCGUACCAGCUUCAGAUCGAGAUGGAAAGGCUGAACCAUCAGACCGGGCUGCUGCUGAAGAAGGUGGUAGAGGAAGCCGACCGCACUUCCAUCCUGGAGCCAAUGAAUGAGCUGAAAAUGCUCUGGGACGACCUGGAUAAAAAGAUUAUCAACAGACAGCACAAGCUGGAAGGAGCGCUGUUGGCUCUAGGGCAGUUCCAGCAUGCUUUAGAUGAACUUGUGGCUUGGCUCACUCAUACCGAAGAACUGCUUAGUGAACAGAGGAAGGCCUGCGGCGACCCCAAAGCCAUCGAGAUUGAGCUCGCAAAACACCACGUGUUGCAGAACGAUGUGCUGGCCCACAAGACCACGGUGGAGGCAGUGAACAAGGCCGGCAGUGACCUCAUUGAUUCCAGUGCUGGAGAGGAGGCGCGAGGUCUGCAGAACAAGCUGGAGAACCUCAACAAGCGCUGGAAGACUAUCCUGGAGAAGACGGAGCAGAGAAGACAGCUUCUGGACAGUGCCCUGCUGCAGGCUCAAGGUUUCCAUGGUGAGAUUGAAGACAUGCAGCAGUGGCUGAAAGACUCGGAGCGUCAGCUGUUAGCAUCAAAGGCCCUCGGAGGCUUACCAGACACGGCCCGAGAGCAGCUUAACACCCAUCUGGAGCUCUGCAGUACACUGGAAGCCAAGGAGGAAAUAUACAAGCAGCUUCUUGACCGAGGGCAGCAGAUUUUGGCCAUGACCCCUGAGGGUCAAGACAGCACCACCGAACUGGACCUGCGCAACCUGCAGGAGAAGUGGGCAUGUGUUCGGGCCAAAGUGACAGAGAGGAAGGUGAAACUGGAGGAGGCCCUGGCGAUGGCCACAGACUUCCAUAACUCACUUCAGGAUUUCAUAAACUGGCUGAUGCAGGCCGAACAGACCCUCGCUAUGGCCUCGCCUGCCUCCCUCAUCCUGGAGACCAUCAUGUUCCAGAUAGAUGAGCAUAAGGUGUUUGUGACUGAGGUGAACUCACAUCGGGAUCAGAUCAUCGAGCUGGAUAAGACAGGAACACACCUCAAGUACUUCAGUCAGAAACAGGACGUGGUGUUGAUCAGGAACCUCCUGCUGAGCGUUCAAGGCCGCUGGGAGAAGGUCGUGCAGCGGUCAGUGGAGAGAGGACGCCUGCUGGACGAUGCCAGGAAACGUGCCAAACAGUUCCAUGAGUCCUGGAACAAACUGAUGGAGUGGCUGGAAGAGUCCUAGAGAGCGCUGGACUCUGAGCUGGAGAUCGCUAAUGAUCCGGACAAGAUCAAGACGCAGUUAACCCAGCACAAGGAGUUCCAGAAAGCUCUGGGCAGCAAGCAUUCGGUGUAUGACACCACCAGUCGCACGGGCCGAGCUCUGAAGGACAAGACCUCCUUGCUAGAUGACAACCAGAAACUGGAUGACAUGCUCAGUGAGCUCAGGGACAAAUGGGACACAGUCUGCGGGAAAUCUGUGGAGAGGCAGAAUAAGUUGGAGGAGGCUCUGCUGUUCUCAGGUCAGUUCACAGACGCACUGCAGGCUCUCAUCGACUGGCUUUAUAAAGUGGAACCACAGCUAGCUGAAGACCAGCCUGUGCAUGGAGACAUAGACCUCGUCCUGAACCUCAUCGACAGCCAUAAGGUGUUCCAGAAAGAGUUGGGCAAAAGGACUGGCAGCGUGCAGGCUUUGAAGCGCUCGGCCCGUGAGCUUAUUGAGAUUAGCCACGAUGACUCGUCCUGGGUCAAAGUUCAGAUGCAAGAGCUGAGCACACGCUGGGAGACGGUCUGCAGCCUCUCUGUGUCCAAACAGACUCGACUCGAGCAGGCACUCUGUCAGGCUGAGGAGUUCCACUCCACCGUUCAUAUCUUACUGGAGUGGCUUGCAGAGGCCGAACAGAGCCUUCGCUUCCACGGUGCUCUGCCUGACGAUGAAGAAGCCCUCCGCGCUCUCAUUGAACAGC